UGUCAGAGCCUGUCUAUCGACAUCAUGGCGUCGAAAGCUAGCCGUUACUGCCUUGUUCCCGGCCCUAUCACAUCGCCAGGUAUUCGACCCUAGCUCGGAACUUUGCGCGUGCAUGGACACGAAAAUACUUGAGCAGUGGACUAUCUUCAGAGAUGAUUAUGGUGAUGACCUUGAGGAUUAGCCUGAGAGUGUUCAUUUCUUCCUUUCAUAUCUCAUCUCUUCCCAAUUCGUUCACCUUCCUCCCGUUUCAUUCACAUCUUUUCGUUCACUUCGUAUCUUCGUCUUUCUUCGUCUGCAUCCUCAUCUGAGUCGUAGAUAUCCCCGAGCCUCCUGCAGAAGAUAACCCUGUUUCCUCUGCUCGCGUGACUUUGGCCUUGAAUAUGCCGAAAUUCCGCAUGAGAAGAAAGAGCCGAGAGCAGAGAGAUGCGUUUCCGUCGGCAGCGUCCGAUAUCUCAGUUUCGCCCUCAGAUUCUCUCGAAAUACGACAUCACCACAAAAUAAAUACUCCUCAUGAUUCGGCACAGGACCUGUCUGAUAGGCUCUCGAACAUGGCAGUGCACACUUCUAAAGGCCGCUCAAACGAGCAACAGGUUCUUCAUCGAAAAUCGUCCUUGCGAACUGGACACAUGGUCCGAUCACCGCCGCCUCCAGUCCCCAGUGACGUGCUUGUUGUAGGAGCUGGUCCUACUGGGCUAAUGUUGACGAGCCAUCUCAUACGGUUCGGGAUUAAUGCAGAGAUCAUCGACAAUCGGUCCGAGCGAACUGCCACGGGACGUGCAGACGGCCUUCAACCGAAGACUAUCGAGACCUUGAAACAGAUGCGCAUAGCCGACCGGAUCAUGUUGAAAGGUGUGAAAGUCAACGACAUAAGACUUUGGAUGUCUGGGCAGAAUGAGCCGUUGCAACGUAUAGCAAAAGAGACCAUGUAUCCGCCAGAAGCGUUGGAUUGCCUUGAUCCCUUCUUGCUGCUGGCACAUCAGGGCUUUGUUGAGGAUCUGCUACUCAAGGAUAUGAUGGAACGCGGUGUGGACGUGCAUCGCAACGUAACGUUUGUCGAUUAUUACAAGAGUAAUGGGCCGGACAAGAACAUCGAAGUCUUAUGCAAAUCUGCAUACUCGGACGACAAGAAGAUUUUUGCUGCGAGCUACUUAGUUGGCUGCGAUGGAGCACACUCCAACGUGCGCAAAUCUAUGGGCGCUAGGAUGGUUGGAUCGAGCUACGAUCAGAUCUGGGGCGUGAUCGAUGGGGAGAUCGAGACUGACUUUCCGGACAUUUAUUCCAAAACAGUAAUUCACAAUAAGGAGGCAGGCACCAUGAUCGUCUUGCCGCGCGAGCGGGGAAUGACACGAUUGCAUAUUGAGCUCAGCCCUCAGCUUAGAGACGUUGCAUCACGAGAAAAACUUAGCCAGGAAUUCGUGAUCAACAUCGCGCGAGAGAUUUUCGAGCCUUAUCAGUUGAGAUUUCAGCAUAUCGAGUGGUUUGGCCGUUACCAGAUUGGACAAAAAAUUUCCUCCAAGUUUCAGGAUGAUGAGGGCAGAGUUUUCCUCGUUGGGGAUGCUACACAUACUCAAUCGCCAAAUGCAUCGCAAGGCAUGAACUCGGCGGUUCACGACGCGGUUAACCUGGCAUGGAAAUUGAAUCUGACCAUUAGGGGCCUCGCAAAACCAUGUCUCCUUAAAACGUAUGAGCAAGAGCGGAGACAGGUUGCCGAGGACAUGCUAGGUUUCGAUUAUGAACACACCAAUACUUUCUCGUCAGGUGACCUCAAGGCGCUCUCUGAUGACUUCCAACGAAGUGCUCGAUUCACUUCUGGAUAUGGUGCAGACCUUCCUCCAAACGUACUAAACGUGCAAGAGAAAGGGAGCAUUCGCGGAUUGUUACGAGCUGGGAGUUUCCCACCUCCAGCCAAGGUAACACGCCAUUUUGACUCGAAUCCAGUCGACAUCCAACUCGACAUCCCCUUGCUUGGCCAAUUUCGGAUCUACUACUUCGUCAAGAACUUGGAACAGGUCAAGCCGUUCAUGGAAGAACUGUCUGCCCAUGCUCUUUCGUACACCUCGGUGCUUGGAAAGUUGACUUAUGCUGCUAAUGCCUCAUACACAUUGCAGCCACCAAUUGCAGCCUUGUCGGACGAAUUCACACGGCCGGAGAGGUAUACAACUGUCAGCGGCAUGUUCACGUUUGCACUGGUGCUGGAAAUGAACGCCGCCGACUUUGAACUGGACCAGCUGCCGAAGCUUUGGCGGAAUUCCAGAUACACGGUUUAUGCUGACGACGUGGCCCACCUGGACACGCGAUGCAUGAGCUGCACUGAUAAGUGGCUGGGCGGUCUCAGAGGCAGCGAGGUCGGAAUCGUGAUUCUUAGACCAGACGGUUAUGUGGGCACAGUUGGCCGAUUCAUUGGAAGAUCGCCAGACAGUGGUGCGAAAGCCACGAAGUGGCUGGAUGAUUACUUCGACGGUAAGCUUCAAACGACAAAGGCCCUCUCGCACACAGGCGCUGACCAAAAGCCCAAGCGUUCUUGCUGUCUGGAUUCUGAGCUGGUAUCGAACUUUUUCGGACAUGAACUACAUAGAAACUUUACGCGUGGAGUGGCACGGUUUCGAUUUUGGCAAGCGUGUAUACCCCUCUUGAAGCGGGCUUCUGGCAGGACCUCUUACGACCACAUUGCUGAACACAAAUUUUCCAACGUCCAAACCCUUGUGGUGACCCGCACCCGUUUCAGCAAACCCAUGAAUUUAGAGAGAUAGGUGUCAUUCUAAACCGAUAGCGAUCUUGCUUUCUUUUAGAUGUCAUCACAAUUGUAUUCGAGAGGAAUUGUGUUAUCAGUAACGACUGUAUUUGAGACAACGAGAUAUUUCUACUCAGA